AUGCCCUUCCCUGUGAGCUCGGUCGCAGAUUUCGUUCCACUGCUGACGCUGUGGCAGUUCCACUGCCAGACCCUAAGGCCCGGUAGCGAUCCUAUUGUUGAUAGGGGCUGGGGCAUGGUUGAGGAAAAGCUGGGGCUUGCGUCUGUUUUUGGAGCGGCUGCAGUAACGUCCAGUCUCGAGCAGCUCUGGAUCAAGGCGUGGACGGAUGCGUCAACUACGGAUCCCAAAAUGGUGGCCCUAUCGAGACACAUGUGGGUUGGGGGUCUCAUCGGCCUCUGCAUCCUGGAUGAAACUCGAAAUAAAGGGGCGCCGCUUCUUCAGAUCACGUCGCAGUCAACCGAAGUGAAGCUGGAGAGCCAAGGAGCUGCACCCGUGAUGGAGCAGUACGCUGACCUUUUCACGGAGGGCUUGGGACUCAUCAAAGGGCCACCCGCACGGCUGCAUAUAAAGGACGGAGCAACACCAAGGUUCUGCAAGGAAGAAGCGGAACAGGAAGAUGAGGCCCAAAUUGUACUGACCCUGGACCAGUGGGAUCAGCCUGCCAUGCCGUUAAAGGAACUGAAAGCACUCGCCGUCGCUGAUGAGGUACUCUCGCAGGUACGCAAGUACACACGGGAAGUGGGCUUCCGCUUGGCUGGUGGUGCGCUCCUGGCGGCCACAGCACGCAAACUGUCCCACUCGCUUCACCGCGCCAUGCUAGCUGGCGUACUGCGGAGCCCCGUAUCUUUCUUCGAUGUUUGCCCCCGGGGACGCCUGCUUAACCGUUUCACGAGCGACCUGGACUACGUGGAUGCCGAGUGCUUCGUUUGCGGCAAGCAGUCCGUGCAGGGAGCGCUCCUCACUGCCACCAAGGUGGCUAUUGUGGCCACGCAGGCGCCACUCGUGGUGGCCGUCACAGUGGUUGUGGGAGCGCUAGCAGCUUAUGGAAUUAACCUGGCCAUCCGAGCAUCCCAUACUUGUCGCUUUUUCGAAAGCGUGGCCACAUCUAGGCAAUUCCAGCACAUGACCGAGACGCUGGACGCCUUGAGCAGCGUGCGUGCUUACGGAGUUGCAGAGCGCUUCCGGUGUCACUUCUACCGGCUGACGGACACCGUCGUCCGCGGUUACUCGGCCUACUGCGGCUGCUACCGCUUUACGCGCACACUUUCGGCUACAGGAGCGUUCGUGGUUCUCAUGGCCGCGUUGCUACUCAGCAUCACAGGCUCGGCUCCGCCAGAUCCGAGCAGCCUUGGUCUCACACUGAGUGCCGCAUCUUCGGUGAGUUGCUUGGGUUGCAGUGAAUCGUUGAGCUACGUGGUACAGUGAUUACCAUUUGUUACUUUGGAUAUCAGGUGGCAAUGAGCGUCACGCAGCUUUUGUUCAAUCUGUGGGGAAGUUUUUUUUUUUUUUGUUACUUACAACGCCACCGCCAGCAGGCAAUGAAGCCACAAAAAGCGUAGGACAUGUGGCCAGUUCUUUAUAGUUGAACUUAAGAAAUAAUAAGGAAAAAUCCCCCCGACGAUUACGAUACUUCCUAAUUCGAAAUUUGAGCGCAGCUCCAUAGACCCUUUUAUCCGCUUUGUAGCAGCAGUGUUUUCAUUACCUCAGAAAACAUGCGGUUAUUUUUUACAGCCACGUUAGCCGACGAAAAAUAAGUAUUUUGUCCCAUAGUUUACUAUAGGAAUCUGACCUUGAUGUGUUCAAAUUUAAUGCACGUGCCCAAUGCGGUGAGUUCUUGUA